GCUUGGGCACCUUCAGCAAAGCCAAGAAUUUUGAGAAGGUACGGGAGGCCGUGAGGAGAACGGGGUCCCCGUAGGGAUCCGUCUGUGCCACUCCUUGUUGUGCUUUGUGUGGGCCCGAUACCUAAUGAUAUGAUUAAUGGGGAUGGGCCUGCAGACAUGAGCACUGAGGAGGCAGACAUGCAGAAUGAAGACCAAGAAAAUGUUAGUGGAUCGUUUGAGAGGCAGGAGUCGGUUGCUACAACGGAGGCCAGGCUGCGGAUGGAGGGUGUGGAGCUGAAGGAGGAGUGGCAGGAUGAAGACUUUCCAAGACCUUUGCCUGAAGAUGACCAUAUUGAAGGAGAUUACCUAUCUGGGACAGAUGGAGAAGGCAGACCAACUUGGGCAUUUCCGUUGCUGGAUCAGUCAGUUUAUUGUAUCCCUUACUCAGCAUCUCCUAAUUCACUUCCAAGUCCAGUGGAAACGACUGGCAGUAAGAAAGCUAAGAAAAAACUAGUGGCUCCCAACCUUAGCUUAACUCUGGAUCGCAGUGAUGGCUCCGUUUUGUCUGAAGACUUAGAUGAAAGUGGAGAUUUGGAUUUAGAUGACCUAGACACCCCGUCCGAAAACAGCAACGAGUUUGAGUGGGAAGAUGACCUCCCAAAGCCAAAGACUACUGAAGUUCUCCCAAAAGGAUCCAUACCUGAAUACACUGCUGCCGAGGAGAAGGAAGAGACCCGACGCUGGCGUUUGUUUCGAAUUGGAGAGCAGGAUCACAGGGUGGACAUGUCUGCCAUAGAACCAUAUAAAAAAGUCAUAAGUCAUGGAGGUUAUUACGGAGAUGGCUUGAAUGCCAUUAUUGUAUUUGCUGUAUGCUUCAUGCCAGACAGCAGUCAACCUAAUUACCGCUAUCUAAUGGACAAUCUUUUUAAGUAUGUUAUUGGCACUUUGGAAAUGUUAGUUGCAGAGAACUACAUGAUAGUUUAUUUGAAUGGCGCCACAACACGGAGGAAAAUGCCAAGUCUGGGCUGGCUCCGAAGAUGCUAUCAACAAAUUGAUAGAAGGUUACGGAAAAAUCUGAAAUCCUUAAUCAUAGUUCAUCCUUCAUGGUUUAUCCGAACACUUCUAGCUAUCACAAGACCUUUCAUUAGCUCAAAAUUCAGCCAAAAAAUUAAAUAUGUGUUUAGCCUGGCGGAGUUAGCAGAACUUGUUCCCAUGGAGUACGUCGGCAUACCGGAAUGCAUAAAAGAGUAUGACGAAGGAAAAUGUAAAAAGAAACACAGAAGGGUUGAUAAGGAAAUUGGCAAGAAGACUGAAGACCAACCCAGUGAGCAGUAGGACUGUAUAUGACUGAUGAAUGAAGGAUAUCUUGAAGAUGCAAAGUGUUGGGGGGGGGUGUCCACAUAUUUUGUCUUUUUUUUUUUUUCCCUGUUUUGACAGAUGCCUUUUUAGAUUUUACUGAUGCGGAAGUGAACUGUUACACAACUACACAAAUAUUGGUUAAUAGGCUCUGAAUCUAUUGCUGACUGCCCUACAAGUCAAAGAUGUACGAAUGUACUCAGUAUACACAGGAUCAGUAUGUUAGCCUAGCUUGCAGAGUUGUCAUAAAUAUUGUUACAUUGGAGAUGUCGGAGAAAGCACCCAGUAUUGUUAUACAACUAUUGUUUUUGUUCAUGUUAUUAGCAAACGAAAACUACAAAACGGCAGGAUUGCGGAGACGAUAAACGGUCAUGAAUGAUUAGAGGCUUUAUUGCCAACGUGCCACAGAUGCACUGCUUGCUUUGAAUUUACCUACAGAAUCGGUCUCAUGCUGGACCAAAGUCAAAGAACUCGUACAGGCAUGGUCACAG